ACGUAAACCUCGUUUUCAAUUAAUAAACAACAUGGCGACAGAACGGCCGUGUUCUCCGUAAACGCGUGUGCUUGUUGACAUCGUCAAGGUGGGCAAAUGCAGCUCUUUUUCUCCACAACGCUGCCAAAAACCACUUGGACUUAUGAUGGUAGAUCAAGCGGUAUUAGAUAAUUACCUUGAUUGCGAUGGCACUGAGCGUAUUCCCCGGCACUGGUCGCAAGAUGUCGACCAAAUGGACUUCUUGUUGGACGAAGACACCCACCCGUUCCUGCCGCACCGGGUGGACUCGGCCGACAUUAUCUAUCAGCCGCGCAAGAAAAAGGCGAAAAUGGUCGGCAAAUAUCUCUUCGGUGACGUCCUCGGAGAGGGCUCCUAUGGGAAAGUUAAGGAGGUCUUGGAUUCAGAGACUCUCCGCCGGUUGGCCGUGAAAAUCCUGAAGAAAAAGAAGCUCCGGAGGAUCCCAAACGGCGAGCAGAACGUGCAAAGGGAGAUUAAGCUACUUAAGAGAUUGAAUCACAGGAACGUGAUUGAGCUGGUGGAUGUCCUUCACAGCGAAGAGAAACAGAAGAUGUAUAUAAUUAUGGAGUACUGCAUGGGAGGUUUACAAGAGAUGUUGGAGAACACGCCGGAGAAGAGGUUUCCUCUCUGGCAGUCCCACGGAUAUUUUGUGCAGCUGGCCAAUGGUCUGGAGUACAUUCACAGCCAGGGCAUCAUACACAAAGACAUCAAACCCAGCAACCUGCUACUGACAACCUCCGGAACCCUCAAGAUCUCCGAUCUUGGAGUGGCAGAGCUACUUGACCUCUAUACCAAAGAUGAUACGUGUCGGACGAGCCAAGGUUCGCCGGCGUUCCAACCACCAGAGAUUGCCAACGGACUUGAAUGUUUCUCAGGAUUCAAGGUGGAUGUCUGGUCAUCUGGUAUCACACUAUUCAACAUCACCACUGGAACAUUCCCCUUCGAAGGCGACAACAUCUACCGAUUGUUUGAGAACAUUGGCAAGGGUCACUUCACCAUGCCGGACAACAUCUCGCCACUCCUUGCCGACCUUCUGACUGGAAUGUUGAAGACAAAUCCUGAUGAAAGGCUUGAUACUCAAGGAGUCAGAAACCACAAGUGGGUGCGGAAAACCUACCCCAGGGUAGGGGAAGCCGUGACCCUUCCUGCUCUCCCCGACAGCAAUGACCCUGUGCGUCGGAUGACCUGCAUGCCCUACCUGGUCGAGAUGUUUGACCCGACGAUAUCGGAGGACGGGUAUAGCCAAGAGGAGGAUGAUUAUUACCAAGACGACUACGAACGAUACAUUGAAGACCGGGCAGCACGGACCUGCAGCAUGCUACCAGUCGUAGAUGAUCCGCAAGGGAUGCAGUCUAUCUGA